AUGUUUUUUUCAUAUAACGACGCCGGAGGAACUCCCGUAAAUUGGAAAACAAGGUCUGCCAUUGCCCUUGGCGCUGCUCGUGGGGUCGCAUGCCUACAUUCACACGGACCAACAUCCUCGUAUGGAAACAUCAAAUCCUCAAAUAUCCUUCUCACCAAAUCAUUUGAAGCUCGUGUCUCCGACUUUGGCCUUGCUCAUCUUGCUCUCCCGACCGCCACACCCAACCGUAUUUCCGGCUAUCGAGCCCCAGAGGUCACUGACUCUCGCAAAGUAUCACAAAAGGCAGACGUCUACAGCUUUGGUAUAAUGCUCUUGGAGCAGACGUCUACAGCUUUGGUAUACUGCUCUUGGAACUCCUAA